UACUGAUUUGUAGGUGGAUUGUGCCACAAAUCUGUAAUAGCCUUCUUAAGUCAGUAUUUUAUAUCUUCGUCUGUUAACUUUAUUGUAAUCUCACCAUAAUUUAGAGUCCUUUGUCAGUAGAUUCAUUCUUUCACUAGAAUCAUUUUUAAAUUUGAAGCAUAAAGGAAAAGAGAGCCAGUCUUUCGUUAAUAUGGUACAAAAAUUUUACCAGAAUAAUUAUAUACAAAACGUCGGUAAUCGCAUUGAGUAAUUUUAACGUGUGAAUGAAAGAGUGAAUGAGAUUUUCUAUGAUUGCCUGUUCUUUUAAAAGGUUAUACCAAAACUCAAUAAAUCUGUGUUCUACAUUGUUUCCUCCUGAUUUAAUGUAUUUUGUUUAUUGAAUAUAUCUAGAUUUCUAAUAUAACAUAAAAUCAAAACGUAUCGGUUGAACCUCAAAAAAAAAAAACCGUUACAAAAUGGCGCCCGAACAUAAAGUUUAGACAUAAAGAAAGUAAACAUAGGAUUAAAUUUGAAACUUCGUCGUUGAAUGUUUGUAUGAUUGACCUUAGGUAGUAAUUGUAAGAAACAUAUAUUACGCGAUAAAUAGAAAUAUAAGAAUUUCAAAAGUACAUGGCACCAACGAUUAAAAGAACACCUGUUAAAACUAGGUCAAGGAUCACAAAUAAACCAAGGAGGUCAGAACCUGACAUAUCAAAAGCAGGCAAUAGUCAAAUACGAAAUAAUACAGGCGAGAUGGAGGGAGAACUGGAGCGUUUGAAGGAGGAAAUGGCGAGUUUCGCGGGUUUACGAAAUACGAUUGAACAGCUACAGGCACAACAAGCAACUAACGCACAGCUGGCAAACGAAGUCGCAUUGUUGAAGCUCCAGAACGAACAACAAAGACAGGCUCUUCAACAGAUACAGAAUCCAGUUCAACAACCAGUUACCAAUAACGAUCAAAUAUCGGUUAAAAUGUGUGAAGGAAGAGUGUAAAUUGUCGAUAGUCGAAAGUAAAUUAUCAGGUAGAGCAAAAAUAUGGUGGGAAGCGAGUAAAGAAACUAUCAACACGUAUAAUGAUUUUAAAGAAGCCUUUAAAAAUAAAUUUUAUUCCAUUCCAAUCCAAGUUAAAGUCAAAACAAAGUGGAGUUCAAGAAGGUAUAAUCAACAGGAUGGUUCACUUCAAACAUAUUUUUUUAAACAGCUUAAGGAAGCAAAAUACCUAUUACCGAAACUAGACCAGUUCGAAAUAAACUAUACCAUUAUCCAACAAUUACCAUAUAAAAUUCGUGAUACUCUAGCAACUGUGAAUAUGGCGGAUACAAAAAUAAUAGAACAAGCUUUAUCGCAAUUAGAUGUAAAUUAUGAAGAAAGAAACAAUAAUAAACACAAAUAUCAAAAUCAAAGUAACAACAAUCAAGUGAAUAAUGUAAACAACAUGCAAAUUCAACAUAAACAACAGCAACAGAUAAAUAAUACAAGUAGGCAACAAAAUUAUCCAAAUGCUGCAAACAACUUUUAUCAAAAUCCUCAAUUUGGUACAAACUUAUCACCAUGGCAAUAUCAACCGCAAGUUCAAGCAUCAACAAGCAACCAAAUGAAUUUACCAAACGUCAAUUAUCCACCACCUUAUUUCUCAGGAACCAAUAAUCAGAUACAGUCAUUACAAACUCAAAUGCAAACUAACACCAAUAAUUUACAAACCAGUCCAAAUAGAAAUUUAAACUAAUAAACAGCUCGAUGUGUAUAAGUCCGACAUCGAGUUGGGAUUAUGCAAAUUUAGUUGAGGACUUAAUGCACGAAAUUGGUAAUGCUGAAGAAAAAAUUGAAAGAGUAAAACAAAACUU